AUGGUACCCUUCACAAGAAGGAGGAAACUGGAUGGGAUCGGUCCACUAAGACUGCAGGGCACUGUAACAGAGCUGCAGAAUCAGGUGAAGUAUCUGGGUGUAAUUUUGGACAGAUCACUUCACUGGGGACCACAUCUUCAAAAAGUCACUCAGCGUGGCAAAUGGUCCCUUAUGGCAUGCAGGCGGAUGGUAAGUGGCACAUGGGGGUUACAGCCUAAACUUUUGCACUGGCUGUAUGUAUCUGUUGUUCGACCCGCCCUUACUUAUGGUUCGCUUGUGUGGUGGCCAAAGAUGGAAUCUACUAUAGCUGUCAAAGCUUUAGCAGGAGUUCAGAGGCUUGCUCUUAUAAUGAUAACUGGGGCAGUAAGCAGCUGUCCUGGAGCGGCUCUAGACUGUCUGCUUGAUAUGCUACCUAUCGACAUUUACAUCAAGGUGGUAGCAAGUAAAACAGCCCAACGCCUUAGAUGCGAAAACUUAUGGAUAACCUCAGGAAACAAUAAAGGGCACUCCAAAAUUGUUCAGGUGGUACAUAAUGAUGAAUUGGACUUGCCUUCAGAUCACAUGUCCAAAAAAUACUCCUUUGGAAAGCCUUUCAAAGUACUAAUACCAGAUAGGAAGGAUUGGUCUGGCGGAAAAGGACCCAUACCCGCAGGUGAUUUAGAAUGCUAUACUGAUGGUUCUAAGAUCAAAAAUGGGGGCACUGGAGCAGGUGUGCAUUGGAGAAAGGAGGCACUGGCAUUUGUCUUCCAAUGGGGGUGUACCCAACUGUUUUUCAAGCAGAGGUCACUGCCAUUCUGGUUUGUGCUCGAGACCAUCUUAACAAAGAUAUCAGAGACAAAACAAUCAAUAUCUAUACUGAUAGCCAAGCGACCUUAA